AGAAAAAUAGCAUUCACCGCGAGGCAGAGCUGCGGAUGAAAAACAUGAAGGCCGCGCCAGCUGGUGGUCCACCGCAGCAGGUCAUGGCGUGAUUAUUAUACAUAGGGGUGACGAAUCAGUCAAUGAUUACUUCAAUCAUCUUCCUGAGGCGCUGGAUAGAGAAAGAACAAGACAUGUUUUGCUACAGUAGAAGCAGAUUUCUUGAGUAGAAAAUCUUCUUUUCACUUUCACUACACAGUACACUUGCGCAUGCAAGAAAAUCAAAGUACCGGCUUCGGUACUACUUCUAUUCCUAGUUUAGCUUCCGUUCCUGUCUUCAUGGGAAAUAUUUUCCGUAUAACGACGAAUCGGAGAUGACGGGGGAGGUUUUUUUCGCUCUCCAGUCG